AUGCCGUCUGAAACCGAGGGUAGGCUGUACAAAGCCUUCGGCAUCUCAGCCGACGAACAUGGCCCUAGCCAAUGGUACCCCGGCAGUAAUGCUGAGCUCGAGGUCAUUUGUCUGGGGCUCUCGCGUACAGGGACCACAUCGAUGCGCGCUGGCCUUGCUAUGCUAGGUUUUGGACCGGUUCACCAUGGAGUCGAACUUUUCCGCCGUGCCGACCAUAACGAGAGGAUGAUUGCGUUUCUGAAGUACUUGAACCAGCAUCCGCAAGAAAGUCGGCAGCCAAGUCCCGACACUAUCGAGCGCCUACGCAAGCUCAUGCGGGGAUAUCGUUCGACCCUAGACGGCCCUCUCUGUGACAUGACCCCAGAAUUGGUCGCAGCAUAUCCCAACGCGAAGUUCAUAUUGACUGUGCGAGACUCGGAGGCGGUCUGGUGGCGGUCCUGGAAAGAGAGCUUGGGUGUCAUGUUCAUCCCGGGCUGGAGACACACAAUCUGGUCGUCUCUCAUAUCGUCUGUCAAGCGCUUGAGACGUCUGAAUGCUAUGAUCCAGGAAGACAACAAACGACUCGUGAGGGACUGGGGUUCUGUGGGCCCCCACAUAUAUCGUCUGCACAAUCAACAGGUGCAUGAUCUGGUUCCGAAAGGUCGACUGCUGGAGUACAAUGUGAAGCAGGGCUGGGAACCACUCUGCAAAUUUCUCGAGGUUGACGUACCAGACGCCUCCUUUCCGAUGCUCAAUGAUGGUGCCAGCAUCAAGGCUAUUGUACUUGGGCAGCAGAUUUUCGGCGCUGUGGUGUGGGCAUUGUAUAUUGGAGUGGCUUGCGGGGCCAUCUAUCUCGCCACGAAUCCUCCAGAGCUUCAGCACAUUUGGACAGGAGCAAAUGGCUGGCUGGGUCAGAAACCCGGGUCUUGA